AUGCCUAAUCGCACAUUUUUAUCGAAGGGAGAAUCAGUUGCUCCUGGACAUAAGCCUUCCAAAAACCGAUUGACAUUACUUCUUGGUGGAAACUUAGCUGGUGAUUUAAAAUUGAAGCCAUUGUUAGUUUACCAAGCAGAAAAUCCCAGAGCAUUGAAAGGGAAAAAUAAAGAAUUGCUUCCGGUCAUUUGGAAAUCAAAUAAAAAUGCCUGGAUUACUACGUUAAUAUUUAAAGAUUGGAUCACUCAGCAUUUCGUGCCGACAGUUAAACAAUAUUGCGAAAAUAAUAAUUUACAAUUUAAAACAUUAUUAAUCUUAGACAAUGCUCUAGGACACCCAAAAUCUCUGCAGAAUUUAUACCCAGAAAUCAAUGUUGUGUUUCUUCCUCCCAAUACUACCUGCCUCAUACAACCCAUGGACCAAACAGUGAUAGCGACGUUUAAACGAUAUUAUAUGAGGACAAUAAUGACUAAGGCCAUCAAGACAACUGACAGGCAACAUGGACCAACAUUAACAGAGAUUUGGAAGAAUUAUAAUAUAUGGAACGCAAUAAAUAAUAUUGGAGACUCGUGGGCUGAAAUUAAAGAGUCGACAAUGAAAGGUUCAUGGAAACAAUUAUGCCCACAAAUGAUGAAUGAUUUCACAAAUUUUGAAGAAAAACCAGAAACUUUAACAAAUGAAAUAGUUACUUUAAUGAAUCAACUACAGUUGGACGUCAAUAAAGACGAUGUUGAUGAAUUGAUUGAGUCACACUCAGCACCGCUCUCAAAUGAAUAUUUAAUUGAGCAACAAUUGAGUAGCACUGAAAUACACGAUGAAAGUGAGGAAGAGGAAGCUGAUAAAAAUGUUAAGACUUUGAAAAUUAAAAAUAUGAACGAAGCCUUCACGCAUCUUGAUAAAUUUUUGAGUAUCAUGGAAGAAUGUGAUCCCAAUGGAGAACGUAUAUCUCAAGUACGUAGGGCAAUUGAGAAAGACAUAGCAUGUUAUAGAAAUCUUUAUGAAGAAAAGAAAAAAAUGGGUGGCAUUCAAUUAACUGUUGAUAAAUUUAUAAAGGAAGCACCUCAAAGAACUUAA